CCCGGCGCUCCGGAGCCCCCGAGUGGUCUCCACAGCUUCUCCCUUGGCGUCUCGCACCCGGGGGUCGCGCCGCUCCCCAGGCCCUCUUCAAACCUUGCCCAGACCGGGGCGGGCGCCGUUCCACCCUCUGACCCCGCGUUGCACAAUGCCGGAGCAAAGUCCCCGAGGGUGUGAACCGCAGUGUCCCUGCCCCUGGGCGGGGACGGGCGGCGGCAGUGCGGGGAGCCGAGGCAGCCAGCCUGCAGCCUCCGGGUCGCAUGCCCCGAGCCCCGAGCCCGCCAGCCGCCGGCAGCCACCGCCGCAGGCCUCCCCGCCGCCAGGCCCGCGCGCCGCUCCCCUCCCGAGCCCGCGCCACCGCCGCAGCCAUGGCGGAAGUUCAUAGACGUCAGCAUGCUCGGGUUAAAGGAGAAGCCCCCGCGAAAUCCUCCACACACAGAGAUGAGGAGGAGUUGGGGAUGGCGUCGGCCGAAACGCUGACCGUGUUCCUGAAGCUGCUGGCCGCCGGCUUUUACGGCGUGAGCUCCUUCCUGAUCGUGGUAGUGAACAAGAGCGUGCUCACCAAUUACAGAUUUCCCUCCUCACUAUGUGUUGGACUUGGCCAGAUGGUAGCCACAGUGGCAGUUCUCUGGGUGGGAAAGGCCCUCCGAGUGGUCAAAUUUCCUGACUUUGACAGAAAUGUACCUCGAAAGACGUUUCCACUACCUCUACUAUAUUUUGGGAACCAAAUCACGGGACUGUUCAGCACAAAGAAACUGAACUUGCCAAUGUUUACAGUUCUGAGAAGGUUCUCCAUCUUGUUUACAAUGAUUGCUGAAGGAGUUUUACUCAAGAAAAGUUUUUCUUGGGGUGUUAAAAUGACUGUAUUUGCAAUGAUUAUUGGAGCCUUUGUGGCUGCCAGCUCUGACUUGGCAUUUGAUCUGGAAGGAUAUGUUUUCAUUCUGAUAAACGAUGUCCUAACAGCAGCAAAUGGUGCAUAUGUAAAACAAAAAUUAGAUUCAAAAGAGCUGGGAAAAUAUGGUCUGCUGUAUUACAAUGCACUGUUCAUGAUUCUGCCCACCCUGGCCAUUGCAUAUUUCACAGGAGAUGCACAAAAGGCAAUGGAGUUUGAAGGCUGGGCUGAUGCUCUGUUUCUUCUGCAGUUUGCCCUCUCCUGUGUGAUGGGGUUUAUCUUGAUGUACUCCAUAGUGCUCUGUACGCAGUAUAAUUCUGCUCUUACAACUACAAUAGUUGGCUGUAUUAAGAAUAUAUUAAUAACUUAUAUUGGAAUGGUCUUUGGUGGAGAUUAUAUUUUCACAUGGACAAACUUCAUUGGCUUAAAUAUAAGCAUUGCUGGGAGCCUGGUGUAUUCCUACAUCACUUUCACUGAAGAGCAGCUGAGCAAGCAAUCAGAAGCCAGCAGCAAGCUGGAUGUCAAGGGGAAAGGCGCAGUGUGACAUGAGGAUGGCUCAGCCACACAGGCCCAAGACUGGAUGAGGGCCAACACUGCAGUUCCCACGCAAGAACUGAGAUGUCUCGAUAAUGGAGAAAGUAUUGUCCCUUUGCACUUGUACAAUCUGAGAUUGAUUGCUGCCUUUUAAAUUUUUAUGAGAGAAACUUAAAAUUGACUCUAUUUUAAAUAUGUUGUUUGACUUAAUUUAUAUCAUACUGGAAAAUAUACUGGGCUUUUUAAUUUAUUUUUCUUCUGACAGUGAAACAUCAGUGUUUUGAAAAUAUUUUAUUUCAUAGUUUGAUAUCCAGGUGUCCCUGAGGGCUGCAUGUUUUUAUGUGCUCCAGUUGGAGCGUCCUCACUGAGAUUGUUGCUGCAUCUGGAGACACAGCCUUUCUUCUGCUGAAAAUGCAGCCACAUUUAUGACAUUUAUCUUCUCUGAAUUUCAUUUCUUACGGCUUUUUUGUCUUCAUGACAUCAUCACUGUGGCUGCCAAAGGCAACAGCUUCAGCACUGAGGGAAAAAAAGUGGGCUUUAGAGUGUAUUGCUAUGCAUGUUAGCUUCCCUGGGAACCCAAGGACAGAGUGCAUUCCUGGAAAAUGUGCUGUUCCCUUUUUGCUGUGCAGGAGUGGAAGAAGUAAGCCUUUCACUCAUUUUUUAUUUAUCUGACUUAUUAGUGCAUUAUGUGUGUGCUAGGCAUUGUGCUAAGUAUAAGUACUAGGGAUACAGGAUGUCUUGCAAGGUGGCUACAGGAUGUCACUGCUGCCAUUGUGGCCAUAGGUAAAAUGACGAGGUUCGCUCUGUCAGUCCCUGCAAGAGACCUUGUGACUAGAAAUAGGUUGUGUCCUAUUGCCUAUCUCUUACCAAUGAGAAAACAAGCCUCAGAGGAAAUUCAGCUAUGUGUCAAAAACUUAAAAUGCACGUACUUGCCACUGAACCAUGCUGUCAU